AUGGAAACACUUCGAGACUCAAAGCUGUCAAUGGAGAAAUCAUUACAAAUUCUCAGGAGCAUCACUUUACUGGUGUUCUACUCAAUACAGGAAAAACAUGGCGCCGAGGUGGAGAAGAUGAGAACCGAUCUUGAUAUUGAAACGGGCACAAACAAAAGUAUCCAGGCAAUGGAUGAUCACACAAAAAGGCUAUGCACGGCACUUCAUGAGAUUGGAGCUCAAACUGAAGUUGCAAAACGCGAGCACAUGCAUCAUCUACGGCUCCAAUCUCAUGAAGUCCCGCUGUUAGCACUCGGAUUUGUUCUCAAUUGUAGCAUCUAA